UCUGAGAUGGCGCCCUUCAUGUAAGACGUGGCAUUCACGAGCCACACACUGUUGUCAAUUGAAGCUGUUUUGUGUGUGCCCACACGUAUUAUUGUAUGUUAUUUAUUCUGUUUACUUCGAUCCCAUCCAUGUGUUUUGCGAGUGGGUUGUUUUUCUCAGCUGCUGACACAAUACUUUGACGACUGACACGACACUGAGGCUCAACAGAAAGAGGGAAUUUCUCAUCCAGUGAGCUUUCUUUGGAUUAGAGGAUCAACAAUUUGAAGCAGAUGGCAUCCCAAAAUGAACUUGUUGGAAAAGCGGAGGAUGUUGCAGAUCAAGUCUUGAGGAAGAGCAAGCACUUUCUCCCUCAUGUAGCCCGUCUAUGUUUGAUUAGUACCUUCCUAGAAGAUGGGAUUCGAAUGUGGUUUCAAUGGAGUGAACAAAGAGAUUACAUCAACCAGACAUGGGGGUGUGGUUGGUUUCUCAGUACUUUGUUUGUCCUGACUAACUUGGUUGGUCAAAUAGUUGGAUGUGUCAUGGUUCUGAGCAGACAACAAGUACCUGCUGCUUGCGGACUUUUAUUUGUCAUCAUUGCUCUUCAGACUGUUGCCUACAGCAUACUUUGGGAUUUGAAGUUCCUCAUGAGGAACAUAGCUCUUGUUGGAGGUGUCAUCCUUCUCCUUGCUGAAUCUAGGAAGGAAGGAAAGAGUAUGUUCGCUGGCGUUCCCGACACAGGUUCUAACAAACCAAAGACCUACAUGCAGCUCAGCGGUCGUAUCAUGCUGGUGCUCAUGUUCAUGACCCUGCUUCGCUUUGACUUCACUCCACUCCAAAUCAUCCAGAACCUUGUCGGCUCCGUCCUCAUCAUCCUCGUUGCCAUUGGUUACAAGACCAAGCUCUCAGCCCUCAUCCUCGUCCUCUGGCUCACCAUCUUCAAUUUCUACGUCAACGCUUGGUGGAACAUCCCCGCUUACCGGCCGAUGAGAGACUUCCUCAAGUACGACUUUUUCCAGACAUUCUCCGUCAUCGGGGGACUGCUUCUCAUCGUGGCGCUCGGGCCAGGCGGUGUUAGCAUGGAUGAGCAUAAAAAGGACUGGUAGUAUAGGUUCACCGCUAGUUGUUUAGUGUAUUAUAAUAUAAUGCAAUUGCAGCAAACCAUGUCUUAUCUAUCAAUGUGUGUUUGUAGAAGUGACGCUGUAAUGACAUCGAGGCAUACGGUUUCAGAGUGACUUCAUAGCCUCCUUCAUACAUGCCUUGAUAAACUAUCUUGAAAAUAUUAUUAAAUCCGCAAGGAAAUUGUGAUUGUGUCCACACUCUGGAACACUGCUACACAUAACUUCUGAGCGAUUGAUCGCAGAGUUGAUUUGAUGUUUAAUUGCACAUGAUAAUCAAUGCCAUCAAUCAUCCAAUUAGCCCUAUGAUCAAUUGCAUAGUAUUGUGUCACAGGUCUUAUAUUCCUGUAUCUCCCAGUCCAUUUACAAUUUACACAUGUAAUCAACAUGUAUGUUACACAUGUAAUCUACAUGUAUGUUUGCAAGGGGAUGAUUUCCUUCUUGCAAAGCUACUUUUGAUCCAGAUUUACCAGUUACGCUUUACAUUACAAUUUUGCUGCAGUUGGUUUCUUUUAAAAGUUGGUUUACAUGUUAUGUUUGAAUAAGGCUCUGUCUCAUUUUUCUUUCAUCGUCCAACAUCAUUCUCCGCCAUGACGGUCCUGUAUUCUUGACCUGGGUGCGUAGCGGCAGAAACCAAAGGAAUGCCUCUGUAUAGCAGCAGUCCUUUAUGUGUAUAUAUGAAUUCCACAAGGCAGCUCUAGUUACCUGUCUUUUUAUUUUUUUUUUCAACGAUAAAAAAAAAGCAAAAAGGAUGAAAAAUUGAUGUAAGUGGUAUUUUUGUUACAAAACAGACAUAAUUGCUUGUGGCAUUCAGGGUUAAGUAUUAAAGGCAGUUUAGAAAUUGUUGUGCCUAUAUAGAGUUUACAACCAAUCUAUUUAUAUUGGUGUUCUAAGUCGAAUGGAUGCUCAAGCUGAUUUGGGUAAAGAAAGGAGGGGGGCGGGAUUAUCAAGUAUUUUUCAUAAAAGUAGGAGUAUUGUAUGUUUUUCUUACACAGCCAAACAUCUCAUUUCUGUACCCUUCCAUUUCUUGUUGAUAUAUUAUGGGGAGAGGGCAUUCACCCACUGCCACAACCCCCUGUCGCAGCACCCCUGCGAGUUGUCAUUUUUUUUGCAAACUGACAGUAUACAUUCUGAAUAGUUAGCUGUGCUAGGUUAUUUUCUUCACAUGUUAAACUGUGAGUACAUCCAGUAUGCACACUUUUGCAAUCAUUAUGUAGUAUCAUGUAAUAUGUGGGUGCGUCGUGGUCUAGUGGUUCUGACUCUCACCUUUCAAACAGAGGGUCGUGGGUUCGAAUCCUAGCCAUGGUGUGUUUUCCUUCAGCAAGAGAUUUAUCCACACUGUGCUGCACUCGACCCAGGUGAGGUAAAUGGGUACCGGCAGGAAUUAAUUCAUCAAAAAGCUGUGUGCACCAGAAUCGGUAGACUAGCUUAGCCAGGGUAAUAUAGGAGUGCCUUGAGCACCUAGCAAGGUGGAUACGUGCGCUAUACAAAUCCUAUAUUAUUAUCAUUAUUUCCCAUAUGUAUGCUGUGUCAUAUGUCUGUGUUGGCAGCUUCACUUGUAAUAUGACCAUGUUAUUAUUGUCACGAUUUUUGUACAGAAGCAAAAACUUUUUUUUUCUAUGAAAGUGAUCUUUUAUUACGAUGGAGAUAUAGAAAUGACUAGAAAAAGGUACAGAAAUGUAUGAACAUAACAACGGUGCUUCGAAUUGAGUACUGGACCAAAUUUUCAACUGUUAUAAAUGUUCCCCUUGUAUUGUUUGUUAAAUAACUCACAAUGUUGUAAGCGUUUGAAUGUCACCUCUCAUUUUGUACAUGCAAUGCAAUGCCUUGCUAAACAUUUUGUUUGUAACGUUAUAGAGAAAUGGAUUGAACAUUUUGUUCAACUGUAAAUUAUUUAACAUGAUUUACUUUGUGAAUGAUAAUCAGUGCAUGCCAUUACUUGGAUGUUAAACCACUGCAAAGCAGUUUUGUGGGAAAACCCCCUAAAUGGAAAGAGAUUUUUUUCCCCCCUUUUUCCAUAUCAUGAGUCUUUUAUUUGAUGUCCUCCACUGAUUAUUGAUGGCUUUUUUAUUCAAAGUUUUCAACAAAUGUGAUAUCUUUUGUUUUGUAAAUUUUGUUUUUGCUCCCCAAAUGUCUUUUAUUUCAAGAUUCUUAUUCACUGGGUACAAGCCUUGAUAUGUGUUCAUAUUGUUAUCUCUAAAGGGGAAUCCAACCCAAAAGUAUAUAGGUGAAAGUUUGAAUAAUAUUGGACAGACAAUAAGAAAGUUAUGAAUUUUAAAAGUUGUAAAAAUUGGAAAUGUACUCCCAAUACAUAUAAUGGCUGAAAUGACAUUUUAAAAAAAGUUUUACUUCAAAUUAUAUUUUUCUUUCAUGAGGACAUAAAAUGAUAUACUACCUGGGUUGUAUUUAGAUUACUGCCCCAGGGGAAUGGGUACUUAGGAGAAAACCACAAAUCCCUGAUGAUUAAGUACAUGGCCUAUGGGAAAGUUGUUCUUUUCCCUCAUCAUGAUUUACUUACCCAGUUACCAAUUUGAAAUUUAUAUAGUAUUAGGGAUCUCAAUUUUAAAGCAGCCAUAACUUUCUUAUUGCUUGUCUGAUUUCUUUCAAACUUUCACCAUUUUGUUUUAUUUAUUUAUCUUCUCCUUUCCAACACAAAAUUUUAUGACCAAGACUGGAUUCCCCUUUAAAUUAUUACUGUGUUCACUUUGGUACUAAAGAGCACAUCCUAUAAUAUACGUACGUCAUAGAUUUACUGGUUGGUACAGUCGAGCCCUGUAAGUCAACCAUCAUUUUAGUCAAAUAAUUGUCCAAGUCGAAGCACCUUUUCAGCCCGGGGGCCUGUUUCAUAAAGGACUUAUUUACUAUAGCAACUCUAACCGUUAUGGUAAUUACCAUGGUAACAGGGUUCAACAGCGGAUUGAAGUUUCCAUGGUAAAUAUCAUAUUGGCAAAUUAACGAUGAUCAUAAAUUUUUAUAAAAUUGGCCCCCAGCCCAAGCAAAGCAUGUGUUUUCUACCUUUUCUCAGCCUGUGGUCCCUAGAGAUUUGUUGUAAGUGGAUUCACCUGUAUUUGCUUGAUCAGGUACCUUAGCAAAUCUUAUCAAAACUCUUGGCCCCGUAACACAAAUUAUUGCAGCGGAUAUUUAUUAUGAAAGAACCUUUCUUAUUGGUUGCUGGUUAUGGACCAAAUGCAACAAUGAUCUUGAUUUGCCAUUGUCAUUUUAACGAUUGAUUUCUACCGUUAGUGUAUUGGAGCUCUGGGAUCCGUUUCAUGAAAGUUUUCGGCACUGACAAUGUCAUUAUCCAACAGAUACCAUAGAGACAGUCAAACACCAGGGCCCCGUCGCAUAAAAGUUCCAUUUAUGGUAACUUUGCUAUCCAAUGGUAACUACCAUGGUAACGCUGAUCAACAACCAAUCAAAAUGAGGGAUUCAUGCAAGAUACCAUUGGAUGGCAAAUUUACCAUUAUGGUAACUUUUAUGCAACAAGGCCCAUUGCUUCUUGACCAAUCGAAACCAUGGCUAGUUUCCAUAGAGCGUUUCAUCAAUAUUUUUUGUCUGAAAUUUUUGCUUGAAUGAUUUCAAUUGGCUGAGAAGCACAGGUGUCACACUGUUGCUAUGGUAACUAUUGGUUAAAUCAAACAUCCAACAAGUCCUUUCUUUUCCGGGAAACAUUCCUGGGCCCAGUAACACAAAGGUUACAGAUUAAUCUCUAAAUGAAACAGCCUAUCAAGAUCUUUGUUACUUUUGACUUUUGCGUUUUGCUCAGUAGACUGACUGGGCACCAAUCAGAAUUGUUCUUUCAAAUUAGCGAUUGAUUGCUAACUUAUGCAUUACUUAGUAAACAGAUUUGGAUGAUAUGCCCCCCCUUGUGUAAGAAUUUCCACCUCUAGCACAGAUUUGAACCUCUAACUUUUUGAGUAAUAAAUUCUACAUUGGGCUUGUCCUUAUACCAAUAUUCAUCUUGCCUUUUGAUAAUUCAGUUAUCACAGAUAUUUUUUUAUGUAGGAUAAAUGAAGGAGGGUCAAAUGAAGAUUUUGUCUCUAUAUUUCAGUAUUUUUGUGUGUGUGGAAUGGAAAUAGGUUUUUGUUCACAUCACUUUUCUCCAGAAAAUGAAAUGAGUUUCAUUGAUUGUUAUGUAUCAAAUAUGUGUAGGGUGUUACAGGUUUUAAUUUUUUCAGAUUAUUUUCUUUUAUUGCAAAAUGUGACAAGCUUGCCCCAGGGACUCUGGUGGCUAUAAAUUUAUACUGUAAAGGGCUAUAUAGACCAACAUGGAUCAGAUGUUAUGAUUUUGUUCAACAUAGUCACAAGACCUUAUGUACUAGUAAUGUUUUUCCUCCUAAGUGCAGUGAUGAUCAUAUUCAGAAGCAUCAUUUUAUGUUGUUAGACUUUGGAAAUGAACAAAAAUACAUAUAAGGUUUUACAUCCAUCUUGUUCCAUUGAGAUACAAACAUGCUUGUCCUGUCUGUAUGUGUGCAUUCAUUUGUGAUAAUACUUCAAAUAGAUCAAGUAGUAUAUUGAUUAGUAUUCUUUCUUUCCUUAUAUUGAUUUCUUUUCCAUUUUGAAAAAAAAUUAUGUGGUACAAGUUCUAAAAUGUUGGUACUUUGUUACAAUGUAACUUUGAUAAUUUUCCAAACUAGAAUAUGAUUUGAAGAAAUCAUUUCUUUUGCUCUAGCGUUACAAUGAUUGGUGAUUAUUCUUAUAUAUAUUUAUAUUUUUCACUUAACACUUUUCUUUGUUUACUAGUAAGCUAUCAUGCCUAUUAUUAUGGUCACAAUCAUUCAGUAAAUAACAGUGCAAGCUCUUUAUCAUGAUUUUGGAGUGAAUUUUAACAUUCUUAAAGAUCAACAUUUAUUUUGAUAUCAGAUUUCCAACACAACUUUGGUCCCAGUUUAUGUAGAUUAGCACAUGAUUAGAACUGUAGAAUUUAUAGUGAAAUUUCCUUUUUUUUUAAUAAUAAUAAUAUAAUAAUAAUCCGUUUUUUAUAUAGCGCUUAAUACAUCGGAUCGACGUGUCUAAGCGCUUUACAGAUAUAUUAUUACCCCGGUCAUCGGAUUCAAUCAGUCAUUCCCGCACACAAUGUGUGCACAUCCUCCACUCCCUGGGGAGUAUUCCAAUCAGUCGCCUGUGAGGCGCACACAGUACUGGACAAGCUACAAUGACUUUCACAUCCUACCGGGUACCCAUUUAGCACCUGGGUCGAGAGUGGCAAAGUGUGGAUUAACGCCUUGCCAAAGGACGCCAGACCUUUUUUUGGUUUUGGGUUGAAACUACUGUUCCAUUUUUUUGUCAAACAUUGUUUUCAUCUCAAUUAUAUUACUCCUAAUAAAAUGCAUUGUUGAAAAUGUGCAGAUACAAAAUUUUCAGCAAUACUUUAUUGCUGGGCAUUGUAACACAUUAGGUUUGCGCCCACCUGCAGAUUUGAAGAAAAAUAACUCCAUAAUAGUCUGUUCUGAUUGGUUACCGGUCUGUAAAUGAUAAUGCUGAUUUAAAUGCAUUUUGUGAUUGAUUGCAAACCUUUGUGUCACAGGCCCCUAUAGUGCCCAAAGUAUAAUGCUGUUUUUGAGAUCGACUCAAAAUUCAAGCCAUUUUUGUAGUUAAUUAUUCUCUCUUUUUUGUUAAUUUUUUACAAUUCCUGAAUCAAUUGAUCAUGUGUAUGACAUUAUAAGUUUAUACAUGUGCGGCUUGAUUGGUGGCCAAAUAACAAAACAUGUUGAUAUGAAUAUUGGAAUUUACUGUAUUGGACAUGAA